CUGUGGGUCACUCAGCAUUAGCACAGUUAUUGCAGAACUGUGUCAAUCAAAGGAAGCACAUGUUAGUCUGGCAAUUUCCAGAGCCACAGACCUUCAAGUCAGAGUUAUGGAUAAGAACAAGAAUUGCACAACUAUUAAUUCCCACGUGGAAAGGUACUACCUCACAACAAUGUAUUCCAUUGAGUUCAUGCUGGGAUUAGUAGGGAAUGUCACCGUGAUAACUGGUUACGUCUUCUGCCUGAAGAACUGGAAGUGCAGUAACAUCUAUCUCUUCUGCCUUUCUAUCACAGAUCUCUUUUUUAUUUGCACACUUCCAACGUUUGUGGUCCAGUAUGCAAAUGACAGUGAAUGGUUCUACAGCGAGUUGAGUUGUAAGUUCACUCGGUAUUUCCUCAACUGUAACCUUUACUUGAGUGUUCUCUACCUGACCUGUAUCAGUGUUGAUCGAUAUUUGCUAGUGAAAAACCCAACAAAGCUCCACUGGUUCCAGGAAAAGCGGACAGCUACCAUCAUCUGCUUCCUUUUGUGGAUCUUUGUCACUGUGGAACUGAUACCCAUGUUCACUUUCAUUGGUCCCAAGAACAUCACAGAUAAUGACGAACAAACUAUUGUAUGUGUCGAUUAUGCCAGCUCAGGGAAUGCCAGAGACAGUCUGGUUUAUAGCAUGUUCCUCACCCUUGUUGACUUUGUCCUCCCGCUCUGCAUUAUGGGUUUCUGCUCCAUCAGAACAGCAAAGAGCUUAAGGGACAUAAGCUCCCAACGUCGCAGGAAUAUUAACCUUCAAAAGCCCCAUCGGCUUGUGAUAUUGGCAUUAGUCAUUUUCUUGGUACUUUUUUCUCCUUACCAUAUUAUGCGCAAUGUUCGCAUUGCUUCCAGAAUGGACAAAAUGCGACCAAUGUGUGCCACGUACAAGACCAUAAAGGCUGGCUAUGCUGUCACAAGGCCCAUUGCCUACCUCAGCUCUGCCAUAAAUCCUAUUUUCUAUUUCAUGCUGGGUGACCGCUUCAGAGAGACACUCCUCAGCAAGCUGCCGUUCGUUGGUCCAAGAUUGUUGUCACACUCUUCAACCAACUAGAUCUGAUCAAAGGGACAGCUUGUUCAGAAUGGUAGGCAGCCAUUUUACUUUUAGACUUCUCUUGCAGCAUGGCUGCAUCAUAACCGAAGGUAUUCUGAACACCUUAAGUUUGUGCCUCAUAGAGUCUUUAACAGUGCUGAACUGUCUCAAAAUUUCUGCUUUCGUUUGAAGGGGGUUGUUUAGAAGCCUGAAACUGCUGCUGCUGAUGAAGCUCUCACUUUACUCCUGUCCUUCAGAUCAGCAGCAGCACAGGGUACACUCUGCAGCUUCAGAGCUCCAGAUUUAGCCAAGUGGUCGACCGUUACCUGCUAGGCUACUCUUGCUGGGUUGGGUAUCCCAACCUUGACAAGGUCCCAGAGCAAGGCGUUUGAGAGCCUCUACUGAGAGUUUGGGAGAGUCUAUCAAGAUCCAUUUCAAAUAAGACCGUCCUUUUGGAUGGAGUUAUUUGCAAUGCUUUCAGGCUCAUCCCAAGCACCUGGUAAUAUCUGGCAGGAAGGAAAAUGUUUCCAUUGGCACAAAAAGAUUUUUUUUUUUCAUCGUUCCACGCUAAUAUUCACUAAAGCAUUUUUUCAUGUGAGACACUUUUGUGCAGCGACUGUAAUUUAUUAGAAAGGGAUUGCAGACCAUAUCACGGAUCAGCACACCGGUGCGAUACUGGCAUGAGAGAAAGGGGCUACAUCUGCUGUUUGUUGUCUCCCAAGCAGAUAAUCUGUCUUGAUUUGUCACUAUUUACAAGAAUAACAACUUGGAUUUAUAUGGCACCUUUAACACAAUAAAACACCCAGAAGCGACACACAGGAGUGGUUUCAAACAACAUCUGAUACAUCACAUAUGUGGACAUCAGAGCAGGUAACUAAAAUCAUUGUCAAACUGGUAGAUUUUAAGAAGCCUCUUAAAGGAGUAGAGAGAGAGAGAGAGAUAGAGAGGUGGAGAGGUUUGGGAAGGGAAUUCCAGAGCUUAGGGCUGAGGCAGCUGAAGGCUGGAGUGAUUCAAAUCAGGUGCAUGUAAGCGGACAGAAAGGAGAGCUUUCAGAGCUUUGUGGAGCUGGGUGAGGGUACAGAGAUAGGGAAGCACAGCUUCAUGAAGGGGUCUGAAAAUAAGGAUGAGGAUUUUUAAAAUCAGGGCCUUGCUGGACUGCAAGGCAACAUAGGUCAACGAUCGCAGGACUGUUGAGUGAAUGAGACUUGGUAUGAGUUUUUAUACAGACAGUAAAGUUUUGAUUGUGCUCAGGUUUAUGGUUUCCAUUGUUGAAUAGCCAAGAGGUAUCACAACAGGGGAACGAACACGGUUCACUCACUGCAUUUUCCUGUUUUCUUCUCAAAGUCUUCAACAUAACACUCUCCCAGUCUGAAAGGAUGAAAGUCUGAGCACAAGACCUGAAGCUAAAAACGUCUGUCUCUGAGAUUGUCGCACAACCCGAUUGAACUAUCCCUGAGGAAUGAAAGUUCAAUUCUCUCUGCUCCACUGAGCUCCCUAUCUCAGCCACAUGCCCAGGCUCUGCUUAGCACCUUGGCAUAAAACAAAAACACACAGUUUUUGUUAUCAACUGAGAAACAAAUAGUCAAGUCCCACACUGAAAGGCCAGCAGCAGAGUUGAAUAGGUUGGAUAAGAGUGAGUAGGGUCAGGACAAUAGUCACUGCAUGAUGCCGGCUUGGAAGAGAAAAGAAUGGUUAUGGGAAGUGAGGAAUUACACCGUUCUCCGUGACUCUGGGAAAGAAUGAAUUAGUGGGGCACAACUUAAUGAGACUUGAUUUUGACCGUAAAGAGAAAGAUGCAAGAAGGAGCAUGCAGAAUGGUUUAAAUAAAAUUUAUAUUGGUCAAGCUAGCAAGAUAAAGUCAGCAAUAAUGUGUUAUUGAUUUACAAAUGUGAUUUGAUGCAAAGCCAAAAAUGUCUUGCCUUUCAUUGUAACCAUUUGUAUGAAAUUAGGCAGGAAAUUAUCCUGCUUACACUUUCAUCAAUGUCUACAUUUUACUCUUUCUCUGAUGUUGCCAUGGGGGUGAGUCAUAUGUAUCCCCUUCAGCUUUCAGCUUUAUGUCUCAAUAAGGGCAUUAUAAUGUUGAUAUUAACAAGUUAAGAACAACAUACCACAAAAACAUUUUUAUCACUUUUAUUGCUUUUGCUAUUUUAUUGAAAUAAUUGUACAUGUCGGAGGUGUAAGAAUUUGUACUUUAUACAAGCACCAAUGUAUCAUGGUAAAGAACUUAAGUAAAAAUAAUUAAAAAUUCUUCAUUUCUCCAUUAA